CUCAUCAGCAUGGUGUCAUGCACUAUGACCAAGCUUCUCUCUCAUACUCAUGUUUGGCAAACCUUGAAACCACACUGCUUCUUCUCCUUUGACUGUUUUACUAGUUCUAUUUUACUACUACCACCAAGCUUUCUUUACUCAUUCUUUUUUGAAUUUCUGUUCCAACCUCUUAAUUGAUGAUGUUGGUAGCAUACUUUUCUUUCACGGGUUUUCUUCUUCUUUUCAUUUGUACUUUUCUCUGAUAUUUCUCUGUUCCCACUCUUUCUUUCUUUCACACAUUCAACUCAAAUACCCACAUUAAAUUUCAUCAUUUAACACCUUUCCCAUAUGUUAUUUCAAAAUUCUUCAUUGGGUUCACUGUUUUUCCUCUAAUCUUUAAAGGGUUUUUCUUUUUGUAAAAUAAAGAUUAUAAAGUCUGCACCUUUGUUCUUGUACUAUUUCAUCACUUUCAAUCUUUACUUGUUUUUUUUUUAGAAUUUCUUGAGUUGGGUUUACUAGUUCUCAUCUAAUCUCUAAAGGGAUUCUUUUUUGUGUGAUAAAGAUCAUAAAGUUUACACCUUUGUGUUUUUACUAUUUCACCAUCUUUUUUCUCUACCUCCAUAGGUAUUUUCCAACUUUAUUGAGUUGGGUUUACUCAUUUUUCUCUAAUCUAUAAAGGGGUUUUUUGUUUGGGGAAAAAGAUCAUAAAGUUGAGAUCUUUUUGUGGAACAGUGAUGAGUUGUUUUCAUAUAUUCAAGGUUAAGAAAAGAGGCAAAUCCAGCCCAGAAUUGAGGAAUCAAGAAAAUAGCAAAUCAGAUGAUUUGCCAUCUAGUAGCCGUGUAGUGAAGUCUACUGGCUCAAUGCCAUCACCAAGAAGUAUACCAGAAAUGUAUAAAGAGAAAGAGCAUAUUUUGAGGGUGUUUUCUUACACAGACCUCAGAAAUGCUACUAAUAAUUUCAACAGGCUGUUGAAGAUUGGAGAAGGUGGAUUUGGGAGUGUGUAUAAAGGCUCAAUUAGCCCUUCAAAUGGCCAAGGUGAUCCUGUUAUGGUUGCUAUUAAGAAGCUUAAUAAGCAUGGAUUGCAGGGUCAUAAAGAGUGGCUUGCGGAAGUUCAGUUUCUUGGCAUUGUCGAUCACCCUAACCUUGUGAAGCUUAUAGGUUACUGCUGUGUAGAUGGAGAAAGAGGGAUUCAAAGGCUACUGGUGUACGAAUACAUGCCUAAUAAGAGCUUGGAAGAUCAUCUAUUUGGUAGAGCUUUGCAGGUUCUUCCUUGGGUAACAAGAUUACAAAUUAUCCUCGGAGCAGCUCAGGGAUUGGCUUAUUUGCACAGCGGAUUGGAAGUUCAGGUGAUCUAUCGAGAUUUCAAAUCAUCAAAUGUACUGUUGGGCAUGGACUUCAAGCCUAAACUUUCAGACUUUGGGCUCGCAAGAGAAGGUCCGGUGGGGAAUAAUACUCAUGUCUCUACAAAUCCUGUCGGUACAUAUGGUUAUGCCGCUCCAGAAUAUGUUGAAACCGGACACCUCACUACUCAUUGUGACUUGUGGAGUUUUGGGGUUGUGCUCUAUGAGAUUCUCACUGGAAGGCGGGCUCUGGAAAGAAAUCGUCCAACCACGGAGCAGAAACUUUUAGAGUGGGUGAAAAGGUUCCCCGCAGAUAGCAAGAAGUUUAGCUUGAUUAUUGAUCCCCGGAUAAGAAAUCAAUAUUCUCUGAGUGCAGCGAGAAGGAUUGCAAAGCUAGCUGAUGCCUGCCUGAACAAGAAUCCUAAAGAACGGCCAACAAUGGACCAGGUGGUAGAAAUUUUGAAGCAAGUAAUACAAGAGUCUGAAGAGGCGAAUCUAACUGGGAAGAGUUCUGCAGAGUCCUCUAGAACGAACCCGAAUACAAGAAUAACGGGUACAUCAAGAAGGCCAGUCCACUUAGCUAAGGCUUGAGUUUUUCCAUCCCGACGGCCAACGGAUCUGUUCUCUUUUUGGUGUUUGAAAAUGUAAAUGAGAUUGCGACGAGUAGAUUUGAGAUUUUGUCAUUGUAAAUAAAAUAAAAAUAAAGUCUCUGAGAUAGUAAAGCAAGCAUUCACGUAAUAGGUAAAGGUUUCUUAUUUUGCAAUUUGCACCAACAAGGUUUCUUAUGGCAACCCUUGUUUAUUUAUUUCAUUAUUUUUUCACCCUCGCUUCUGAAUAAUAAACAUGCUAGAUUUUUCUUUA